AUGGCGGGCCGCUUCCACUCCCGCGAAGGGUCCGACACUUCCCUGAACAAUCUACCCAUUACUUCUCCGCGAUCCAGCACCGAAUCCCGCUCCCCCUCUACACGAAACCAACUCCGCGUUUCAGCAAACCACCAGCACAGACAGAGCUUGAGCGAGUCGCUUCGCGGCCCACCCGGCUCCCCCCGCGCACGCCGGCAGCCUUCCCUUCCACAAUCCGCCAUCCAGAGCCUCAUCGACAAUCCCCCGCCACCGAAGACUAUCGACCCUGCCUUUGUUGGCCGUGAUUGGAGAGAGAUCUCAAUCGGCGAGCUGGUCAGCCCGGAUGACCUGAAGUUUGUCGAGCUCGAUACGGGCAUUGAAGAGGCAACGAAUAUCUUAAUUGAUUCAGGUGCGGCUGUGCUGUUGAUCCGCGAAACCCCUGAAGCCACUUCUGCCGUCGCCACAUUCGACUAUGCCGAUCUAAACUCUUAUCUCCUGCUGGCAGCAGGCCUGACACACCCCGACGAAGAACAUCAAGCGUCAUAUGAAGAGCUAGCCAAGAAAGCUCACGACGGCGUGCCCAUUCCACUGAGAGAUGUCAAGAAGUUUGGUAUGGAGAAGGAGCCGCUGAUCAACCUGCCGUCAUCGGCCAAUGUUUUGACUGCAGUUGAGAUCUUUGGUGGUGGUGUUCAUCGGGUUGUGGUAGUCAAUGAGUCAAACGAUCAAGAAGUGGUCGGAAUCUUCAGCCAAUUUCGGCUGGUCAAAUUCCUCUGGGAAAAUGGCCGCAGCUUCCCGGUCAUUGAAGAGCUCUACCCGAAGCCUCUGCGUGACCUGGUGAUUGGAUCUCAAGAAGUGAUCUCCAUCAAUGGCGAUAAGCCCCUCUCUGAUGCUCUUCAUGUUAUGAACAACGAGGGUAUGUCCUCGAUCGCAGUUGUCGAUAACUACUUAAACGUGCUUGGGAAUAUCUCCACAGCGGAUGUCAAGCUUUUGACCCGAUCAUCUUCAUUGCCGCUUCUUCAAAACACCUGCACUCACUUCAUCUCGGUCAUUCUGUCCACACGGGGAUUGAUUGAGGGUAAAGAUUCAUUCCCGGUUUUCCAUGUCAAUCCUGGAUCGACACUCGCCCACACAGUCGCAAAGAUCGUGGCAACUCGAGCACAUCGGCUCUGGGUGACCGAUCCAUUAUCUCCAACCUCAUCAGGACCUCCAACUCCCUCGCAGUCUUCAGUGCACAUCCCUCUUUCCAACAGCAUCAGCCCACCUACCGCAUCGUAUACUGCAAAUUCACCACCACCAUCUCCUUCUGUAUCUGGAGCACCUUCUGCACAGCCCUCUCAACAUCCCGCCCCUCACCUACCAACUCCUAACUUACCCUACACAUGCCCAGCCCCAGGCGUGCCGGUCGCAGUGCCGUCACCCAUCUCCCAUUCUAUUCCUUCCUCUGCCCAAGACGGUGCCCGACUGUCCGGGCGCCUAGCCGGAGUAAUCAGCUUGACUGACAUCCUGAACUUGCAUGCCCGAGCCAGCGGGUUGAACCCAGCUGACCCUGCGGAAUCUCGUAGCCGCCGACGCCGCAGUAGUUCGUCGAGCCAGAGUGUCCGCCGCAGCGGUGACAUUGGCCGGGAGCUUUUCAGCCGUGGUGGUAUGUAA